UACUGAAUGUAAAAAGGAAAACUUGACUGGGCAGGUCCAGACAGAAAAAACGUCUUAUUGUUUGUUGUGAAUGUCUCAGUCUGUCUCAGAAAGUCUUCACGAAAACCCUUCCUCAACAUUUAUUUUUUAAAUCGCCGGUCAUCUGUAGCUUCCUAUACAGAAUGUAUUUAGCCUUUAUUAGCAAAGUGGCUAAACUGUUAGCCACCGUGGAGCUAACCCAGCUAAUAGUAGGGAGUUAAUCAGUGUUUCCAACGUGAAAGCCUGCAGAAGUUCAUGGUUCAGAGCUCCACAUUCCGAGUUUGUGACACUGUGUGAGGAAGACCACGCCGUCUGCGGACACCUCCUCUAACAUCGUUGUUCAGGUGAGGAUCGAGAGACUGGAGAAAGUUAGAAAGUGGACCCAGAACUAUUGACCAAGUAGAAAAACUGAAGAUCCGGGUUCUAUGGCUGAAACUUUGACCUAGGCUGAAGACAAAUAUUGCGUAAAAUCCCAGGUGGAGCGAGGAUGACUGAGGUGAUGAAGGUUGAAGCAGCUGAACCUGGAGGGUUCAGCUUGGAGCCUCCCAUACCUGCAGCAUCCACAUCAGAACUGGAGGGGGAAACGCAAGACAGCAAGGAUCUCAUCCAGACGGUGGUGAUAAAAGAAGAGUUUGUUCAUGACUGGAGCUCCAGUUCUGACCAACAGGAUUCAGAGACACUUGACAUAAAGGAGGAAGAGGAAGAACUGUGGAUCAGCCAGGAGGAAGAGCAACUUGUCGUGAAGGUUGAAGAUGUAGAAAAAUCCCAGUUGUGUGAACUUGAUGGAAUCAAACCUCUUGCCGACAGAGAGACAGUAGCUCCAACCAGCAGCUCUGCUGAUCUGUUGGAAACAGAUCCUGAUGGAGAUGACUGUGGAGGAGCAGACGCAGACUGGAGCCCAGAACCUUUUUGUUCUUUUCAACAAAGUGACAUGACUGUUCACAAAAGAGGUAAAAGAUCUAAACUGUGUUCUGGCCUUAUGGCUCAGAUUGAAGUCCAUGCAGGAGAAAAGCCUUUUGGCUGUGUUUUUUGUGGCAAGAGAUUCAAGCAUAAAACGUCGGUUAAAUUACACACGAUGACUCACACUGGAAUAAGAGAACAUAGCUGUGAUCUUUGUGGUAAAGGAUUCAAAGAAAAACGUUUUCUUCAGACGCAUAUGAGACUCCACACUGGAGAGAAGCCGUUUGCAUGUAAUGUUUGUGAUAGAAGGUUUCAUGCAAAGAAGUUUCUUAAAACUCACCUGGUGGUUCAUUCAGAAGAAAAACCCUUUUCCUGUGAUAUUUGUGGUACAAGAUUUAAGAUAAAGGAAUGUCUUAAAAAGCACAUUAGAAUCCACACAACAGAUAGACCAUUUGUUUGUGGUGUUUGCAAUAAACGGUUUUCAUUACAAGAGACACUAAAGAGUCACAUGCGUGUUCAUACAGGAGAGAAGCCGUUUAUUUGUAGUGUUUGCAGCAAAGGCUUUUCACGAAAAGAAAGUCUAAAAGGGCACAUGCGUGUUCAUACAGGAGAGAAACCAUUUAUUUGUAGUGUUUGUGAUAAAGGAUUUUCACGACAAGUCUACCUGAGAAAGCAUGUGAUGGUUCACACGGCACCAUUUAGCUGUAGUGAUUGUGAUAAACUUUUUGUGGAUGAAAUACAGUUAAAGCGACAUGUGAGGCUCCACACAGAGGAGAGGCCAUUUGGUUGUGAAGUCUGUAAAAGCAGGUUUAAUCAAAAGCGUCAUCUUGAAAAUCACAUGAAAGGCCAUUCAGGAGAAAAACCGUUUGUUUGUAGUGUUUGCAGUAAAGCGUUUUCACAACAGGUAUCUCUGAAUAGACACAUGCGUGUUCACACAAAAGAGAAACCAUUUGUGUGUAGCGUUUGCAGUAAAGCGUUUUCACAACAAGGAAACCUAAAGAGACAUAUGAGUGUUCACGAGGGCUGCGACUUGAUUCAGACAUGAUUUAGUUUUUAGAAUUAUUGACUAAUGUGGGAAUAUAUUCUGAAUAAUUUCUGGUAGCACACCUACUCCUCUCUUUACCAGUGCAUAUUUGACACAACUCCCUCCACCCUGAAAAGCAUUGAAUUUCUCACUCAUAUAAAGUCUUUUGAUUCUGAAAACGUUGGCUUAUGGGAUGAAUUGGCACUUUAUAAAUAAACUGAAUCAAACUCUCCAGCUGCCUUUAAGCCUUAUUUAAUUGUGUUUGUGGAGGUUCUGCCCCCCUAUGGACCUUUCCACACCAGUGGGCCUUAAAUGGGGAUAAGUCUUUAUAUAUUAUUUAACCCAAGCUCUGUGACAGGAGACUCCUGCUGUAUAUACAAAAUAAAUGUAUUUAUAAAUGUUUUGCCUUUCCAAUAUUUUGUAUAUUGGUAAUAUUUUUCUACUUUUUUGUCAAGAUUUUGAGAACAAAGGAGUUUGAAAGUAAUAGAUGUAAAUAUCCAGUUAAAAGCAAGUGUUACUUGUAUAAAACUGAAAGUGGAACUUUGUUACCAGACUUGCUGGGUGAGUUUUCUUUUUUAUUUUAUUUGAAUAGACCCUUUCAGAAUCAUCCUCUAAAAGUAAAUUAAAAUGAUAUUACUGUAAUCUCUUGGUUGUAACUCUCGAGGUAUGCCUGAGUUAUUAAUCUGUGAACAUAACAGUCAACAGUUUUGCUAAUGUUUGAAGCUUCUGCAUUUCUUUCACUCCUAAAUUGGUGGUGAAUUAAUUAUGUUUUUCACUCAUUUGUUUUUAAAGUUACAUUUUUAUGGUGCUGCAGAUCAAUGAAGUCCUACCAUUGAUAUUUUUCUGUCCUUGUUUUGUUAUUACGUCGAUUUUUGGAGAAAUGUUUAACAACUUACCACUAAACCUUCCCAUACUAAAGUGUAAAGACGUUUUUGUGUGUGUCUCUGUCUGUACUUGUAUAUACAACACAUACAGGACCAAUUUCACAAUACAACAAAGGGUGCUCAUUUGUGGAAAGUGAAGACUUUUUCCUGGUUUGGUGCUAGGAGGAGACAAGACUUGGGGAAGAUUACUGUGUAAGGCAUAAAUGCAGUUACUAAAAUAAAUGGAAGUCAAUACAAAGCCCUCAGUUUGCAUAGAAGUACAAGUGUGUUUGUGUGAUCUGUGCUAAAAUUAUAUGCUGUAUAGUAGUACAAAUCAAGCAGUAAAAAUGUGUUUAAAACCUAUUUAAUAAAUAUAUAUGAAAGCUGC